AGUCGGUCGGAGACAGCCGCGGACGGAGGGUCAGGCAGGCAGGCUGUAGGCGCCGUGAGCCACGUCACACGCCGCGUCUACCACUCUCCGGAGACACCAGCCACUGACAGUUCCGCCCGGAAGCACAGCUUGUCGUGAUGAGGCGGAAAGAGGACCUGGGAUGCCCGCACUGACUCCGGCACGGACAUGAUGCCGAGCCCGUCUCUGGUGCUUCUCGCCAUGCUUCUCUGUGUGUCGGGAGCAGAGCAGGGCAUCAUCUACCUCACCGACGACGUGACAUCUACUUCCGACGUUUACAAACACGACCAGGAAACGUCUAGCAAAACCAUUUCUCUCCAUCAUGCGAAUGAAAUCAACACGGAAAGUUCCCUGGAAAAUACGUUGGCUCCGACGUCAGUUAAUACAUAUUCGGUGAUACCAAAAAAAAUCCACACCAAUGAGUUUGGAAACGAUGCUACAUUCCCUGUAAUUGGACAAGUGUCUUCAUUUUCCUUCACACAGAGAGAGUAUAAUGCCAGCAUACCCGAGAACUCUCCGGGAAAGACGUUCGUUAUUCCAGAAGAAAGGAUAGGUAUAGUGACGACAUAUGGCAAAAAUAAUCUUGAGGUCCACUACAAAAUAACUGGUGGAGACCAGGAAGGGUUCUUCAAAGCAGAACAGAGACAGGUGGGUGACUUCUGCUUCCUUACUAUACGCACUAGAACAGGGAAAAUGGAUGUCUUAAACCGAGAGCGUAAAGAUCAGUUCGUUUUAGAAGUUCGUGCAUCUGGAAUUAUAAAUAAUAAUGAGAUCAUGAUGGAGGCGUACACACGCGUUGUAGUAUAUAUCUUGGAUACAAAUGACUUGAACCCUCUUUUCUACCCGACUGAGUACGAAAGUUUGGUCCCUGAGGACACCUCUCUUCAUAAGAGUAUUCUCAGUGUGUCUGCAGAAGAUGCCGAUCUGGGCGGAAAUGGUGAAAUUUAUUACAGUUUCUUGCAGCCCACAGAUCAGUUCUCCAUUCAUCCAGUGAGUGGAGUGUUGACAUUAACACGUUUUCUGAGGUAUGAUGAACAAGAUUUCUAUGAGUUAAAUAUUGUAGCUCAAGAUAGGGGCAUAUCACAGAGGCUAGGGUUAGCAAAACCAAGCACUGCUAAAGUUAGGAUACGGGUGCAAGAGGUAAAUUUGCAUUCCCCCAAAAUACAUAUUAAACAUCUACCUGACAUCACUGAGCCCUCCACCAUUAAAAUUUAUGCAAUUGUUAAAGUUUCAGACAAGGACAAAGGGGUGCAUGGCGAACUAAAGAGCCUCGAGAUUGUAAGUGGUGACCCGAAUGGCUACUUUAUGAUUAAAAAAAGCAAAGAAAAUAAUGUAAAUAAUGAAGAAUAUAUUGUAGAAAUUCGCCAAAAUUUGGAAAGAGAUCUUGUACCACAAGGCUUCAAUUUAACUCUUAAAGCAGUUGACAGAGGAGUCCCUCCCAGAACUACAUACAUGUCUUUCCCAGUUCAUAUUGUUGAAUCUAACGACAAUGGCCCUAUAUUCGAGCGAGAAAUAUAUGAAGUUGAUAUCUCAGAGACGGCACCUAUAAACACGCCUGUCAUAAGACUAAAAGCAACAGGGUCAAACAAAAGCAAAAAUUCUCAUGUAUUCUUGCAUAUUGUCGGAGGAAACGAAGGCCAAGAGUUCCACAUAAAUCCUGACACAGGUAUGUUAUAUACAUCUGUUAACCUCGAUGCUGAAGAAAAGUCAUUAUAUACCAUUACUGUGUCAGCAAUUGACCAAGGAAACUCUGGUACCAGAAAGCAAUCGUCCGCUAAAGUCAAGAUAAGUGUGGUCGAUGCAAAUGAUAACGAUCCAGUUUUUGACAGUACAGAGGCCACAGUUUGGGUUAAUGAAAACGAACCUGUUGGAACAUCUGUGACGAAGGUUACAGCAAGAGACAGAGACUCCCUCGACAAUGCUUACAUAUCGUACAGCAUAGCAAACUUGAACCAUGUACCUUUCGAAAUCGAACACUUUUCUGGUAUUGUCCGCACUACAUCUGUGCUGGACUACGAAUCCAUGAGGAGAGACUAUAUUCUUCAUAUUAGAGCAUCAGACUGGGGAGUACCAUAUCGCCGGCAGACAGAGAUGCAGCUCAGAGUUAGUCUAAAGGAUGUUAAUGACAAUAGGCCACAGUUUGAGAAGAUUGACUGUGAGGGGCAUCUGUCUCGGCACAUUCCUAUUAGCACAGAGAUAAUAACUCUAUCAGCGAUUGACUUCGAUUCAGGUAACAUAAUUAGCUACCAGAUAGAAUCUGGAAAUGAAGAUGGCUGUUUUUCACUAGAAUCAACCUCAGGGGUGUUAAGUGUUUCAUGUGAUCUUUCUGAUGUUAAGGUGUCUGAAAGGGAAUUGAAUAUUACAGCAAUGGAUGGUACACAUUUUUCAGAUGUUACUAGAGUUCUCAUACAUUUGCUGAACUCUAAGAAGACCAGUUCUCCAAAAUGGUUGAUGAGUGGUGACAAUGGUGUGUUCCAGUGUCACGAAACUGAUGUAGCCAUUCGACUGACAAAAUUGUUGGCCUCGGCUCAAAGCAACAACAUGCCUGGUUGGCAAGAAGAAUUCGCUAUGAUGCCCAGUAGAUAUGGCGAGAAUUUUCAUGCUCCUCAAUUCGUAGACUUCCCAGCCGAAGUACAUGUCAAUGAAUCAGCAGCCAUAGACACCGUAAUAUUUACUGUACAAGCCACAGAUCGUGAUCAUGGUUACAAUGGAUAUCUUGUGUUUGGUAUCUCAGCAGGAGACCAGGAUUCAGUAUUCUUCCUAGAGCCACGCACAGGAGAACUGAAGGUCGUGGGACAUCUCGACCGAGAAACUGAAUCAGAAUACUCCUUAAACAUAAGUGUCUACGAUCUUGGCACUCCACAGAAGUCUUCUUCACGAUACCUAAUGGUCACAGUGCUAGACGUGAACGACAAUCCUCCGAAGUUCGAGAGAUCACCAACGACUUUUCGGAUUAGCGAGGAUGCACCCAACGGCACAGCGAUCUUCCAGUUCAAUGCCUCCGAUGCUGAUUUCAAUAAAAAUGGCCUGAUUAAUUAUGCCAUUUUGAGCCUGACUGAGGAUUUCGCGGUGGAUGAGUCCUCUGGUGUUUUGUACGUGUCCUCACCACUUGACCGCGAAAGGCAGGCGUUGUACGAGCUGGUGCUGAGGGCAUCGGAUGGUGGCAGUGAGCCCUUGCACGAAGACCUGAGCGUGCGGGUGGUCAUCGACGAUGUGAACGAUAACUCACCGGUCUUCGCGCUGAGUGCCCACGUGGUUAAGGCUCACGAGGACUUGCCACAUGGCAGCCUGGUGGCCGUGGUGGACGCCACUGACCCCGACCUGGGUCAGGGUGGCCAGGUGAGGUACUCGCUCGUCCCGGGGGUCGACGGGGAUGGGCUAUUCUCCAUCGACGCCCUCACGGGGACCGUGAGGAGCGCGGGCACGCUGGACUUCGAGCGGCGGCAGGUCCACAGUCUGACAGUGCGCGCGGAGGACCUCGGGGUGCCGCCGCUUGUCGCGGAGGCCUCGCUAGUCGUGGAGGUGGUCGACGUCGACGAGAACUGCCACGCGCCUGCGUUCGACGACUUCGUGGUGACGGCGUCCGUGAGGGAGAACCAGCCCGCCGGGACGCUGGUGACGACCGUCCGGGCCACCGACGCGGACGCGCCUGGCGACGACUCACGCGUCGGGUACUUCAUCGUGGGCGGCGACGGUCUGGGGCUCUUCUCCAUCGACGAUGAAGGGCACAUCCGCACGGCGGUGGUACUGGACGCGGAGACUCGGAGCCACUACUGGCUGACUGUCGCCGCGGUGGACCACGCCGUGGCACCCCUCAGCUCCAAACUGGAGGUGCUGGUGGAGGUGGAGGACGAGAACGACAACGUGCCCCUGACGACGCUGCCCAUGUACCGCGCCUCCGUGCCAGAGAACUCGCCCGCGGGCCGGCUGGUGGCGCGGCUGCAGGCCGAGGACCGCGACGACGGUGGCCGCCAGAACCUCUCCUACUCCAUCGUCUGGGGCAACUCCGGAGGCUUCUUCGCCAUCCGCGAGGACACAGGGGAAGUCCUGACCACGGAUCGCCCGCUGGACCGGGAAGCCCAGGAAGAGCACAUUCUCGAGGUGGCGGUGAAGGACAGCGGCAGCCCACCGCUGGGCUCCAGCACCAGGCUCGUGGUCGACGUGGCGGACGAGAAUGACCAUGCACCCCGUUUCCUGCACAGCUUCCACAAAGUGCGGGUGCCCGGGGCCUCCCCCCUCGUGCAGUCUCGCCAGAACGUGCCCGAGGAAGUGGACUUCUUGGUGGACUCGCACGUCGACAACUUGCCCUGGGAGACGUUCGAUCCGCAAGCGCUGGUCGGCCAAACGAUACUUCGGGUGCUGGCGUUGGACCCGGAUGCUCGAGACAAUGGCGUGGUCCAGUACAGCAUCCGCUCGGGCAGAGAUGCGGUGCGCUUUCAGAUACACCCGGACACGGGCGAGGUUCACGCGGCACAACCCUUGCAAGCAGGCCAAGAGUUCCAGCUCAGAGUGCGGGCGGAGGACAGGGGCUCCCCCAGGCGGUGGUCCGAGGCCCGGCUGACCCUGCAGGUGGUGGGCGUGCCCUCGGGCUCCACCCACGCGCCGACCGUGCCCGCGCCCUCCCAGAAGGUGCACGUCAUGGAGGAGGACCCGGCAGGCUUCCUGGUCGCCGUGGUGCAGGCCUCGGACGAGGACGGCGACGCGCUGUGGUACGAUAUCGUCGGUGGCGAUGAGGCCAAGGACUUCUUCAUCGGCCGCGACAAGGGCAACGUGCUGCUGGCGCGGCGGCUGGACCGCGAGGUGCGGAGCGAGCACGCCCUCAACGUCAGCAUCACGGACGGCGUGCACACCACCUACUCCGAGGUGGUCGUGAGCGUGCUCGACAACAACGACCACCGCCCGUCCUUCUCGGAGCCGCAGUACUCGGUCGACGUGUCGGAGAGCGUGGCGAGCGGCACCGCGCUCCUGCAGCUGCGCGCCACGGACGGCGACGGCGACCGGAGGCUGUCGUUCGGCGUCCACGCGACCAGGGACCUGGGCUCGGCGGGCCUGUUCCGCGUGGACCCCGACAGCGGGACCGUCUACCUCAACGCCAGCCUCGACAGGGAGGCGUCGGAGCAGCACCUGCUGGUGGUGUCUGUGCGUGACCAGGGGGCGCCCUCCAAGCGCGGCUACGCGCGCCUGCUGGUCGCCGUGCACGACCACAACGACCACGCCCCGCAGUUCGCCGCGCCGCUGGCCGAGGCGCGGGCGCUCGAGGGGGCCGCCCCGGGCUCCGCGGUGUGCCGGCUGGCGGCCGUUGACCUUGACCGCGGCACCAACGCCCGGCUCUCCUACUCCAUAGUGUCGGGCAACAUCGGCAACGCCUUCGUGGUCGACCCGUCGCUGGGGGACGUGCGGGUGGCCAAGCCCCUGGACCUCGGUGCGGUGUCGGAGUACAUGCUCGUGGUGAGGGCGACCGACGCCGGGACCCCGCCCCUCUCGUCCACGGUCCACCUCCACGUGGUCGUCACCAUGGCCGACAACGCCCCUCCCAGGUUCGCGCGGCAGGAGAACUCGGCCGAGGUGUACGAGAACGAGCCCGCGGGGAAGUUCGUGGCGCACCUGGAAGUGCGCAGCAUGUCCUCGCUGCUGUUCGAGAUCGCGGCGGGCGAUGCCGAGGGAGCCUUCCGCGUGAACCCCAGCUCGGGGGUGGUCGUCACCCGGCGAGAGCUCGACUACGAGAGGCGGAGCUUCUACAACCUCACAGUCCAAGCGACCAACAUGGCGGGCGUGUCGCGGCGCUGCCUGCUCGCCGUGCACGUGCUGGACCGCAACGACCACGCCCCGAGCUUCCCGAGCGCCGUGUACGCGGCGGCGGCGCCCGAGGACCUGGCCCCCGGCUCGCCGGUGCUGGUGGACGGGCGCCGGUCCCUCGUCGUCUCCGCCCGCGACCCCGACUCCGGCCCCAACGGCCUGAUCGCCUACAGCCUGGUCCCGGGCCUCGCCGCGAGGCUCUUCCGUGUCGACCCGCGGACAGGCGCCGUGCGCACCGCCGCUCCGCUGGACCGGGAGACCGCGCCCCUGCUGGUGUUCCACGUGCGCGCCGAGGACCGGGGCCGCCCGCGGCUGGCCGCGGCGCUACCCGCCGAGGUGCGCGUCUCCGUGCUCGACGCCAACGACUGCCCGCCGCGCUUCGCCCGCGCGCGGUACCGCGCCGCCGUGGCGCUGCCCGCGCGGGCGGGCGCGCUCGUCGCCACCGUCGCGGCCCGAGACGACGACGACGACGACGGCGGCGCCGCGGGCCCGCGCUACGACCUCGUGGACGGGGACCCGCGCGGGGCGUUCGCCGUCGUCCCGGCCAGCGGCGAGGUGCGCAUCGCGCGGCCCGAGCUCGUGCGCGCCCGGAACUCCCUGCACGUGCGGGCGUCGGACGGCAAGCUGUCCAGCAUCGCGCGGGUGGACGUGAUCGGGGUGCGCGCCGACGACCCCAACUUCAGGUUCCAGAAGGACCGCUACGAGGUGGCGGUGACGGAGAACUCGACCCGCGCCCUGACCCUCGCCGUCCUGACCGUGCUGGGGGCAGCGCUCAACGAGCACGUGACCUUCUCCCUGCUGACGCCCUCCGACAUGUUCGUGGUGGGCGCCACGUCGGGGGCCGUGCGGACGCUGGGCCGGCCGCUGGACCGCGAGGUGGUCGAGCGGCACGAGCUGGUGGUACAGGCGAUGAGCGGCGACGUCUCGACGGAGGGCAAGCUGCGGCUGGCCGUGGCCUCGGUCGCCGUCACCGUGCUGGACGUCAACGACAACUGCCCCGUGUUCGUCGGCGCUCCGUACUUCCGCGCCGUGCCCGCCGCGGCCCGCAAGUGGGACGUCGUUGCGCAGGUGCGCGCGGUGGACCCAGACCAGGGCGAGAACGGGGAGGUGCGCUACGAGCUGGCGCGCGGCCACGGCGAGCUGUUCAAGGUCGACCGGCGCACGGGCGACGUGCAGCUCAAGCAGAACCUGGAGGGGCACGUCCGCAGCCCGGGCACCCCGUACGAGCUCACUGUCGCCGCCUACGACGGAGGCGCGACGCCGUGCUCCACGGAGGUGGCCGUGCUGGUGAGGGUGACGGACGAGUCCUCGCCCGUGUUCGAGCGGCGGGAGUACGCGGCCAGCGUGCCGGAGAGCGCGGAGCCCGGCUCCCCGCUGCCCGUGUCCCUGCGGGCGGAUGCUGCCCCCGGCCGCCGCCUCGUCUACAGCAUCGUCGGCGGCGACGAGGACGAGCAGUUCGGCCUGGACUUCAGCACAGCUCCUAACAGUGAUAAUGGUCCAUCGCCGAACGUGGGAACAAGCCCGGCGCAACUCGGGAAGCUGGUCGGUCCGCUCGCAGGCGUGCUGUACCUCGCGGACGCCCUGGACUUCGAGCGCAGGAGCGAGUACCGGCUGGCCGUGCAGGCGGCCGACACUGUAACGGGGUCCGCCGCGGUCGCCACCGUGCGCGUCGCGGUGGACGACGUGAACGACUGCGCGCCCGAGUUCUCCAGCCCCUCGUACGCCGCGUCCGUGCUGGAGUCGGCGCCGCUGGGGACCGCCAUCCUGACGGUGCACGCGCGGGACAACGACACGGGCAUGAACCAGGUGGUGCGGUACGAGUUGCUGAAGGACGCCGGCAACUCCUCGGAGCACUUCGUCGUGGACCCCGGGAAUGGCACUGUCUACCUGGCCAAGCCCCUGGACCACGAGACGCGGCGGUCACACGUCUUCACCGUGGUGGCCUCCGACUCGGGGGCCCCGAGGCUCCACGGCUCCGCGCGGGUGUGCGUCUCAGUGGAGGACGUGAACGACAACCCCCCUCGGUUCGAGCGGGACGAGUACUCGUGCGCGGUGUCCGCGCGCGCCGGCAGGGGCCACUUCGUGACCAAGGUGUCGGCCUGGGAUGCGGAUGGGGACCGCCUGGCCUACGCCAUCGUGGACGGGGACGAGCGACAGCGGUUCCGCAUCGACCCCGUCACCGGGGUGAUCUCCGUGGCGAAGGGCGGGGAGCCGCGCACCUCGCUGGAGGUGGCGGCCAGCGACGGGGUGCACUCCGCGACCGCGCGGGUGCGCGUCGAGGCGCUGCCCGAGAACCUGCGCCCCCCAGCGUUCCCACGGCCACAGCUGGCGGCGCGCGUGGCGGAGAACCUGCCCGCCGGCACCUUCGUGGCCCGCGCGGCCGCCGCCGACGCUGACCCGGGCCCGUACGGCCGCCUGGCCUACUCCAUCCCCUGCGACUUGGCCAAGGAGAGCUUCCGCAUCGACAAGCACACAGGCGUGAUCACGACGAGGAAGGCCCUGGACAGGGAGCGGCAGGCGCUCCACGAGGUCCCGGUGACGGCCACGGACGGCGGCGGGCGCUCCGGCCACCUGCUGGUGCGGGUCGCCGUCGCCGACGAGAACGACAACCGCCCCGUGUUCCUGCUGCGCGAGUACCAGGCGACCGUCCGGGGCAACACCACCCUCGCGACGCCCGCGCCCGUCCUGCAGGUCAAGGCCACUGACAGUGAUGAAGGAAUUUAUGCAGAAGUGGAAUACUCCAUAUAUCAGACUCAGCUGUCAGGAGUGGAGGAUGUUUUUGGAAUCGACAGACACACGGGAGACAUAGUGCUUCUCAGAAGCAUCGUUUCUCUAGAGAAGCAGGUGUUCCAGUUCUUCGUGAGGGCGGAGGACGGCGGCACGCCGCCCCUGCACGAAGACGUGCCCGUCAAGGUGGUGGUGGUCGGCGCGGGGGAGCAGCCACCCCUGUUCGAGCGGAUGGACGCCACGCUCUUCAUCCCCGAGAACUCUCCCCCGGGGACAGCGGUGACCCGACUGCGGCUGGUCGGGGACCCGCCUGGGGCGCGGUUCCGGCUCGUGUCGGCCGACUCGGCGGGCGGACCCCCCUUCUCGGUGGACGCGGGCGGGAGGCUGCGCGUGGCGCGGCCGUUGGACCGCGAGGCGGCGGGCCACCACGCGGUGGGGGUCGUGGCGGAGACGGCGGCCGGCCCGGCGCUGCUGGAGCUGACGGUGCGGCUGCUGGACGAGGACGACUGCCCGCCGACGUUCCACAGCCGCCUGUACCGCGCGUCGCUCGCCGAGGACGCUCCGGCGGGGACCUCCGUCGUCAGGGUGGUGGCGACGGACCCGGACGAGGGCGCCGGCGGGGAGGUGCGCUACUCGCUGUCGCCCGACGACGAGCACGGCCAGUUCGCGGUGAACGCGCACACGGGCUGGGUGACGACGACGGCGCGGCUGGACCGCGAGGCGCGCGCGGAGGCGCUGCUGCAGGUGGUGGCCUCGUCGGGCGGGCGGCACUUCGCGCGGGCGGCCGUCUCCGUCCGGCUGGUCGACUGCAACGACAACGCGCCCGUGUUCACCAGCCUGCACUACACGGCCGCGGUGAACGAGGGCGCGCCCCCCGGUACGGUCGUGCUGCGGCUGGCGACCACGGACGACGACGCGGGCCCUGCCCCGCCCCUGCAGUACCACGUCACCGGCGGGGACGCAGGCCUGCUGUUCGCGGUGCGGGCGGGAGGGGAGCUGGUGGUGCUCCGGCCGCUGGACCGCGAGGCGGCCGCCACCCACCAGCUGGCGAUCACCGCCAGCGACGGCAGGUUCGCCAGCCGCACGGCCGUCACCGUGCAGGUGCUGGAUGAUAACGACAACCCGCCCGUGUGCGCGAGGGACAGCUACCGGGCGGUGGUGUCGGAGGGCGCGCCCCCGGGGACGGCCGUGCUGACGGUGCUCGCCUCGGACGCCGACGAGGGCCCCAACGGCCGGGUGCGCUUCCGGCUGAGCGGCGAGGGCGCGCGGGACUUCUCCCUGGACGCGGACAGCGGGGAGCUGAGGACGGCGGCGCCCCUGGACCGGGAGGCGCGCCCCCUCUACCUGCUGGAGGCCCGCGCGGAGGACGCGGUGCUCCCCGGGUGGGGCUGCUCCAGCGUGCUGCGCGUCGAGCUGGCCGACGAGAACGACAACCCGCCGGCGUUCCGGGCGGGCGGCUACAGCGCUGCGCUGUCGGAGGACGCUGCCGUGGGCGCACUGGUCGCCCGGGUGCGGGCCGUCGACCCCGACGCAGGCGUGAACCGGCGGGUGCGCUACUCCCUGGGCGGGCGGGACGACGGCCACUUCAGCGUGUCCCCCGGGGGCGUGGUGACGCUGGCACGGCCGCUGGACCGCGCCGCGCUCACCCUGCACCAGCUGACGGUGGUGGCCCGCGACGCCGGCUCGCCAUCGCUCUCCUCCGCCGCGCCCCUCUCCGUGGCCGUGCUGCGCGCCGGCGACGACCGCCCGCCCGUGUUCGCGGCGCGCGCCUACCGCGCCUCCCUGCGCGAGGACGCCGCCCCUGGGGCCGAGGUGGCGCGCGUGGCGGCCGUGGCCCGGGGCGCCGCCGUGCGCUACGCCAUCGUGGGCGGUGACGAGCACGGCAGGUUCCGCGUGGGCGCCGAGUCGGGCAGGGUGGUGACGAGCGGGCCACUGGACCACGAGCGGGCGCGGGAGUACGUGCUGACGCUGCAGGCGGCCGACGCCGGCUUCCCGCCGCUGGCCAGCUACGCGUCGGUGCACGUGAGCGUGCUCGACGCCAACGACAACGCGCCGGCGUUCAGCCAGGCGGCGUACGGCGCUCGGGUCGGUGAGGAGGCGCGCCUGGGACUCCCCGUGCUGCAGGUGCUGGCCUCUGAUGCGGACAGUGAGGCCAACGGGAGGGUCCGCUACUCCAUCACGAAAGGAAACGCGAUGGAGCAUUUCGCCAUCGACGAGAACACCGGGCUGAUCUCCGUGGCUGGGAAGCUGGACCGGGAAACGGUUCCUGGCUACACGCUGGAGGUGCGGGCGCAAGACGGCGGCGCGCCCCCGCUGUCGAGCUUCGCCGUCGUCAGCGUGGAGGUGACGGAUGCCAACGACAACCCGCCCGUCUUCUCGCAGCGCAACUACACCGCCCUUGUGCAGAGGAGCCGGCCCCCGGGGUCCGCAGUGCUGAAGCUGGAGGUGAGCGAUGCAGACGGGCCGCCCAACGGAGAGCCGUUCACGUUCGACAUCGUGUCGGGUGACGAGCGGCGGGCGUUCUCCCUGGGCCAGGACGCCGUGCUGCGGACCGUGGCGAGCCUGGGCCGCGAGGCACGGACCGGGUACCUCCUGCACGUGAAGGUGUUCGACUCGGGCCAGCCGCCCCUCUCCUCCGACGCCUUCGUCUCGGUCAAGGUGGUGGAGGAGUCACAGUACCCACCGGUCAUCAGCCCGCUGCAGGUGUUCAUCAACUCCUACAUGGACGAGUUCUCUGGAGGAGUGAUAGGGAGGGUCCACGCCAGAGACCGGGACGAGUACGACACGCUCUCGUUCAGCCUCGGCAGCGACCUCUUCGCGGUCGACGCGACGGACGGGACCCUGUCGGCGCUGCCCCGGCUGGACGCCGGCGAGUACGAGGUCAACGUGUCCGUGACGGACGGCAAGUUCUCCUCGCGCACCACGGUCCGGGUGUCCGUCGAGGCGAUAUCGGACGAGAUGGUCCGGAACGCGGCGGUCCUGAAGUUCCGGGGCACAAGCCCCUCCGACUUCGUCCUGAGCCACAAGAAGGGCUUCCAGCACGCCGUGAGGAGUUGCUUCGACGUGAGGUCGAGGGACGUGGUCGUGGUGAGCGUCCAGCCGAGCCCGGACGAGCUCCCGAGGAACACCGGGAACGACCUGGACGUGUUGUUCGCGGUGAGGAAGCGCCGGGAGAGUCCUGGGGAUCCGGCCUUCCACCCGGCGGACGCGGUGCGAGCGACCCUCGCCCGGCACGUGGAGGAGCUGGAGCUGACGACGGGCCUCAUCGUGGAGGAGGUCGUGCCCGGCAAGUGCACGGCCAACCACUGCCCGCACGGCGAGUGUGACGACCGCAUCGUCCUGGACGCGCGCGACACCGCGCUGGUGGCCACCGAGCGGAUAAGUUUUGUGUUCCCGCACUAUCAUCACCAGAUGACCUGCACGUGCAAGGAAGGAUACACGGGGGACCGGUGCGAGAGAGAGACGGACGAAUGCGCGCAGAGGCCGUGCGCGGCUCCCGGGCUGUGCGUGCCCGACGCCUCGGCCAGGGGCUACUCCUGCCGCUGCGAGGACGGCUCGACGGGGCCCGGCUGCGGCGGCGACCGCGGCGACGGCGCGGGCGGGCCCGGGUGUCGUGGGGACGCCUGCCACCGGCCCCGCGACCCGGUCUCCUUCGGCGGGCGGGGCUACGCCCAGUACUCGGUGGAGCCGGCGGCGGCGGCGAGGGAAGUCCUGGGCGACCGGCUGGCGCUGGCGCUCAGGGUGCGAACCCUGCAGCCGACCGGCACCCUGGUGUACGUCGCCGGCCGGGUCGACUACAGCGUUCUGGAGGUCGUGAACGGAGUGAUCCAGUACCGCUUCGACCUGGGCUCCGGAGAGGGACUGGUGCGCGCCGGUGGCGUGAACGUGAGCGACGGCGCCUGGCAUGCCGUGGCGGUGGAGCGUGAGCUGAGCGACGCGCGGGUGACCGUGGACGGGCGACACACGGCGCGCGGCUCGUCACCCGGGCCAUGCCGUGUGCUCAGCGCGGGGCCCGGCCACCUGUACCUGGGCGCCGAGGUGCGGCCGCACCCGGCUGUGCUCGGCUUCGAGGACCUGCAGCGAGGGUUCGCGGGCUGCGUGGACGCGGUGAGCAUCGCGCGGGAGCCGGUGCCCUGGCAGAUCGGGGAAGGGAGACGCGUGGUCCUGCGGCGGCUCGCCAACGUGGAGCCGGGCUGCCGAGGGCUGGCGUCCCCGGGGGCGUGCGGGGCCCAGCCGUGCCUCAACGGGGGCUCCUGCCGGGGCUCGGGCCGGGACGACUACGAGUGCGAGUGCCACCCGAGGUACGCGGGGCGCGACUGCGGGCUGGACACCGACCCCUGUGCCUCUGCCCCUUGCCUGCAUGGCGGCCACUGCAGGAGGGCGGCCCACGACGGCGACUACACCUGCGAGUGCCCGUCGGGUCUGUCCGGGUCGCGGUGCCAGGUGGGCUUCUACUGCAGCCCGAACCCCUGCCUCAACGGGGGCGCCUGUGAGGAGGGCGACUCCGGGCCCGUGUGCACCUGCCGGGGCUUCGCCGGGGAGCUGUGCGGCCUGGAAGUGGACGAGUGCGCGGAGGGCACGGCGGGCCCCUGCCGCAACGGCGCGACGUGCGUGAACGAGCCGGGCACUUUCCACUGCGCGUGCCCGCCGAACGUGACGGGCCCGCUGUGCGCGGAGCCCCUCCGCUCCAGCCGCAUUUCGUCGAGCGCGCACAGCGUCACCUGGGAGGAGGCGGUGGGCAUCGUGCUGGGUCUGGCGGCCAUCCUGCUCUCAGUCGCGGCGUUCGUGGCCUACCGUCGCCUCCGCCUCGGUCGGCCCCGUGGUCCUGCUUGCCACAUCAACAACGAAACUGACAAAGUCCGCACUGCCGCCAACUGCGCCAAGCUCAACGAGAAUGACUUCAGGCGGAUGUCCAAGCUGAUCAACCUCGAAGUUACUCAGCGGCCCGCGCCCCACACGGAGCCCGGCUCGUGCGCCCUCAACAACCUGGACUCGAGCCGAGGCCUCGGCGGGGAGGACGUGCCCCCGGACUACCUGCGCAACCUGGACCGCAGCGGCCGGCCAGCGGCGGGCUCUGCCCCGGCGUGGGUCGGCCGCGUGGACCCGGGCCUGCCGGCCGCCCCCGUCGGCAGCAAGAUCAACAACGAUCUGCGCGUCGUGGAGAACACCCAGCAGAGAGUGCCCGCGGGCAGCUUCAAGUCGCAGAACAGAGCUGGAGAGAGACGGGAGACCCUGCCCGGCGCCCCCAGAGAGGAGGACCACAGCACUGGAGGCGGUUGUUGGGGCAGUCCCAGGUGGCCGAGGAACAACAACCCGCUGCCCAACAUCACCGAGGUCCCAGACAGGGAAGCGGUCGGCUCUUCCCGCUCCCAGAGCGACGAGAGCAACGCGUCCACUCCGCCUUUCCCCGUAGGUGAUGAUGCUCACGUGCGACUGAACAACUCGACAGCCGACAGUGCGACUACAGACCACCCUGACGCAGAGACGGCGGGGAGUCACCUCUUUGGCGAGGUCGGGGGGGACAUCGGUCCGCUCGGCUGCAACGAAGACGAGGACAGAGAAGAGAACGACGAAGACGGCGACGUGAUGCCGUACGGCUUCCCGAGCUGCCGGCCCGGCGACCGUGGCUCGGUGGCGACGCUGCUGGCGUGCGCGCCCGGGGACCCGGCCUGUGACCUCGGGGAGAGGUGCUGGCCGGAGGGGGACGUCACGCAGACGUCACUGUGACGCGCGCGCGCCGGGGACGGAGGCAGCCCUCCCCGCGGCAAGCGUGAUUGUGUGAGUCGAGUCGAUGACGUCGAGUAUCUUGGAGUUGUACAAUAGUCACCCCACAAGACCACCGCUAACAUUCUCCUUUCCAAUUGUUUCCUCACCGGCCAUGAUUACCAAGACAUCAAGGUUAUGUGGCGGGGCAGAGAUUGAUGGUUGGAUACCAAAACCCAGCAUGACUAUUUAUGAAUUACAAAAACUUAAAAUAUACACAAGCAGUUUUGUAAGGUAAAAGUAAAGGAUUUUACAACCCACAGUUACGCACAGUGUGUUAAGAUGACAAGACCUCCAAGAUUAUAGUGAGCUUUGAAUCACUACCCUCUUGAAGGUUACCUUGCGGUGAGGUACCGUAUCCUGUGUAUUAAUACAUAAUUUUCAACUGUAUUUUCCAAUUUACAGUCAAAUUUUGUUGUAACAAAUGUUUGUUUUUUUUAUUUAUUGAUCACAGUACCAAAAAAUAUCCAAGGUGGAUGAAUUUUAGAGAAAAAAAAUUUAACUACUACAGCAAGUGAAAAGGGUGUGUUUGAAGAAGAUGGUGUUGAUUAUGUCUGGCUCUGAAUUGAAUGUCAACAUUCAAUGGUAGAUUAAUUUGUUAUACAUACCUACUUCAGUUUGUAUCCACUAACUCCACCAAGACAGUAAGUUAUAUUUUAAUACCAUAAUUAUUACUUUGUAAUAUCUACUGGGCAUAAAUGUUUAAAAAGUGAAACAGAAAUUAUGAAAAAUGGGACAAACUAAUAAGUGAUCAGUGAAGUGGCUUACAGAAGGCUCCUUACCGAGUACAUUUCCCAUCAUGCAUGAUGAUGGUGAGUCAUGCAAUAAACAUGUCAGGCAGGCACAGCAUAAGCAAUACCAGAUCAAACCAUUUUCAAUACUUGCAAAUUGUAAUUUUUAUCAGGUGCAGGGGUAACAUAUAACCAUCUAAUGGAUACUUGCAGUUGUACCACCCAAGGCACGUCAUAGUUCAAGAGUGAAAAUACUUAAUCAAUGUACAUAUGCAAUUAUUUUGAUAAUUGUUGACCACAGCCACAUUGGCAAAUCAAUUAUAUGAAGCUUCAAACUAACGAAGUAUUUCAUCCAGAGCUUCUUCUAAGAUUUUACUCUCAGUUUAAUAAUAUUAAUAAGAUUAUAUUUCAUGCAUGUUAAUACUGAUUGUGUGCUAGUUAUUUUGAAUAUAAACUAAUGACCCCCAGUGUCUGUCUAUGCAGAUAUCGUACUUAGAAAUCUAUUUUCAAGAAAAAUUUAGCCUCUCUACAUUAAUAAUUCAGAACGAAUAUACAACAGGGUAGGUAGUUAAAUGUGUGCUUAUGUGAUUAGUAAAUUUUUUAUGUAUAUUUAUGUUAUUAACCUUGAAUAUUUUUUUUUUCUGUACAUAAUUUCAAAAAACAUGUAGGAUUUGUUUUAACCUUGUUAAUUGUUAUUCUGUACAUUGGAGAAUGUAUUCAUGUAAUGCAAAAUGAAACCUUUUAAAGUGCCUUGACACAAUUUAAUGUCUUAGUUAAAAAUAAAAUUUACAUUUUUGUAGUGUUAGCAAUUCAGUGAGAUUUUUUGUAUGUCAAAGUAUAAUUGAUCAAUAACAUUUUCUGUAUGAAGAUUGUGAUAAGGAUUUUUGAAUUAAUUAAAUUGGAAAUGAGUCAUUGGCAAUUUAAUUAAUUCAUAGGCAAUGUCAUGAAAUAAAGACCAUUAUGAAAA